UAAAAUACAAAAACAAGAGAGAAGCUCUCCUAUUUUCAUCUUCAACAAUAUCUAUUAACUGAAUCUUAAUUACAAACCACCCAUUUCCCAACACACCCCCACAAGAACCUUUACAAGAAAUUCAGAAAAGGUGACAAAAAAAGAAUGCCGACUCUGAAUCUGUUUACAAAUGUACCAGUAGAUGCAGUGGUAGCUUCUGAUAUUCUCAAAGAUGCUACUAAAGCUGUUGCCAAAAUCAUUGGCAAACCCGAGUCAUAUGUGAUGAUCUUGUUGAAUGGAGGAGUUCCUAUUGCAUUUGCUGGCACUGAAGCUCCUGCUGCGUACGGUGAAUUAAUUUCCAUUGGGGGUCUUGGACCUGGUGUGAAUGGAAAACUCAGUUCAACCAUUGCCGAGAUUCUUCAGACAAAGCUGUCAAUAGACAGCAACAGAUUUUAUAUUAAGUUUUAUGAUUCUCCGCGCCAAUACUUUGGGUUCAAUGGCUCAACUUUUUGACGACCUUGCUUAAAAAUAGCUGCUCUGGAAUGGUAGAACAGCACAUUUAAGCUGGCUUAAGACUCCAUCUGCACUCGACUGUGAGUGUUUCAUGGAAAAAGAAAACCUUUGUGACAUGUUUAACGGUUAUACUUUUGUACGUGAUUGGGGGAUUGUAGCUAGAAAUUUAAAGUUUUAAGGCAUGUUUCAGCAUUAAUAAUUGCCCAGCAUAGGACUAAUUUUCCAAUUUGUGUCUAUUAUCUUCUAUAAAUAGAAAUAUUUCUUAGUAGAUUUUGUUAUA